AUUUGAUUACAAUUUACAAAAUAUUUUGGGCGUGUGAUUUAAAGUUUAAACUGAAAUUGUUCACAAGAAGUAAAACAUAAAGCAUUCAAUUACAAUAAAUAUAACCAUGUUAAUCAAUCCAGUAAUGUAAGCUUUUAAAUCGAGUACUUUUAAUUCAUUUGUCAAAAUACAAUCUUGUUACGAUGCCGUCCGCUCUUUGUGUGUUGUGCAUGAGCUUCAUUGUUUUGUACAGCGUUUAUUCUGUAUGUGGUCUCAUGUGUUGGCAUUGCGAUUCACUCCACGACCCCAAAUGCGUGGAUCCAUUUGAUAAUCACUCAAUGCCGAUGAAAGAUUGCAAACUGGAAAAACUAGACACGUACCCUGGUGUCCGAGGUACAAUGUGCCGCAAAAUCCGUCAAAAAGUAUAUGGAAAAUGGCGAUUUUACCGGAGUUGUGCUUUUCUGGGUGAACCUGGCAUUGGUGGUGACGAACGUUAUUGUUUAAUGAGGACAGGCACACAUAAUAUAUUUACUGAAUAUUGCACUUGCAAUUCUAGAGAUGGAUGCAAUGGUGCAUCAGGAAUCUCUUCUUCACUUUUAAGCAUAUCAUUAGCACCAGCUCUUAUUGUUUACAGAAGACUUCUGUAAUGUGUUCAUCAAUACAAACCAUAAAAGUAGUUGAUACCUGAUUAACGUUUUAAGAUUUAAGAAUAUAGUUUUCGUCAGAUAUCAAACCAUUUUUUUUUUAAAUUAAGACA